AUGGAUCCUAAUAAUAUUGGUAAUAUAUCUAGAGGUAGAUCUAAUGGUAAUGGAGGGUUACCACAAUCUAUACUUAAAUAUAUACCCGAACCUAUUCAACCUAUAUUUGAAAAUCCAUUCUUUGCAGCUGGUUUCGGUUUGAUUGGUGUAGGCUCUGCAAUGGCAUUAGUUAGAAAGGGUUUUCAAACUAGUAUGGUACAGGCAAGACGUUACUUCUUUGUAUCCGUUGAGAUUCCAUCAAAAGAUAAGAGUUAUCAUUGGUUAAUGGAAUGGUUAGCAACUAAAAAAACAAGAAAUACAAGACAUGUUAGUGUUGAAACAACAUUUCAUCAGAAUGAAGGUGGUGAUAUCUCUUCGAGGAUUAGCUUUGUACCUAGUGUAGGUACUCAUGUCGUAAUGUACAGAGGUAGAAUCAUAAAAGUAGAUAGACAUCGUGAGAAGAAUGUUGUCGAUAUGUCGAGUGGCAAUCUUUGGGAGUCGAUUACGCUGACAACACUCGGAUUCAAACGAGAUAUAUUCCAACGUUUGUUGGAGGAAGCACGUGUGAUGGCUGCUGGCAAAGAGGAAGGUAGAACCAUCAUCUAUACGUCGGCAGGCACUGAAUGGCGUCGCUUCGGUCACCCCAGAAAGCGAAGACCAAUCGACUCGGUUAUUCUGGAUCGCGGUGUUGCAGCUCGUCUCGUUGACGAUGUGCGACGAUUCCUCUCGAACGCUAACUGGUACACAGAACGCGGUAUUCCAUACCGUCGUGGAUAUCUGCUGUACGGACCACCCGGAACUGGAAAGAGUAGUUUCAUUACUGCGCUUGCCGGUGAGUUGCAACUCAGCAUCUGUAUACUCAACCUCGCCGGAAAGAACAUCAGUGACAACACUCUCAACCAACUACUGGCAUCGGCACCACAGAGAUCUAUCAUAUUACUUGAGGAUAUCGAUGCAGCUAUACAUACUAAUCCUAAUGGAUCUUCCGCUUCUUCAACUACUUCCACUUCUUCAGAUUCAAAAGAACAAACCAAACAACAACAACAAAUAUCAAAUCAAUAUCAAUAUCAACCUAGUCAGUUGACUUGGAGUGGAUUACUCAAUGCACUGGAUGGUGUUGCUGCUAGUGAAGGUAGAAUUCUCUUUAUGACAACGAAUCAUCUAGAGAAAUUGGAUCGUGUAUUGAUUCGUCCGGGUAGAGUAGACACUAUAGAACAAAUAGGAAUGGCUACCGGUUAUCAAGUUGAAAAAAUGUUCUUGAAAUUCUUCCCAACCGAAAUGACAAUGGCCAAUGAAUUCCGUAUGAAAGUUCCGUCAGACUCUGUCAGUCCUGCAGCGCUUCAAGGCUAUUUCAUGCAAUACUCGCACGAUCCAAAAGAAGCAUUAAAUAACUAUCAACAAUUAAUAAAACAAUAA